AUGACAAUGGAAACAGCUCUAGUUAAUCAAGAAGCCUCCGAAAAUCUCAAGAAAAAUAGAAUUCAGGUGUCGAACACCAAGAAACCUCUCUUCUUCUAUGUCAACCUUGCCAAGAAGUACCUACAGCAACAUAAGGAGGUCGAGCUCUCAGCAUUGGGCAUGGCAAUCGCUACAGUUGUCACAAUUGCUGAGAUUCUGAAGAAUAAUGGAUUUGCAAUUGAGAAGAGUAUUUUGACAUCCACAAUUGGGACAAAAGACGAAACUAAGAACCGUCAAGUUCAGAAAGCCAGGAUUGAAAUUGUGCUGGGGAAGACUAAAAAAUUCGAGUCACUGAUGAAUCCAAGCCCUGCAGUGCCACAGCCAACACCAGACGAGAAAGAAGAAAGCAAGCAGUAG